CUUUUUGCGAUUCGAUGGGUGCGCAGACCGCGGUCAUGCGCAGUUCAAACCUCGUUCUGCGUGUCGCCCGCGGUCAUUGUUGCUGUGCUGAGGAACAAAGACGAUGAAGGCAAAUGCGGACGUGCAGGUGAACGGGGCGCAGGUGGUGCUGGUGCCUUAUGAACACAAGCACGUGGCCAAAUACCACACUUGGAUGCAGAGCGAGGAACUGCAGGAGCUCACAGCGUCCGAGCCGCUGAGUUUGGAAGAGGAAUAUGCCAUGCAAAAGUCAUGGAGGGAGGACGAUGACAAGUGCACCUUCAUCGUGCUGGACAGGCAAGUGUUUGACGCGAGUUCCGAUGAGAUUGAGGCCAUGGUUGGCGAUGUGAACCUCUUCUUCAACGAUCCCGACUCCAAGUCGACAGCCGAGAUUGAGAUCAUGAUUGCAGAGCCGAGUGCACGGGGCAAGGGCUUUGGCCGGCAGGCGCUGUUGAUGAUGAUGGAUUAUGCUGUCAAGAACCUCAGCGUCACGAAGCUUGUGGCAAAGAUUGGCUUCAGCAAUGCACCCAGCUUGGCUCUGUUUGAGCGCCUUGGUUUCAAGGAAGUGAGCCGCAGCGAGGUGUUCAAGGAAGUGACGCUCGAGGUCCAGAGCACAGAACUCUCCGAUUACGCCCGCCAACACCAAGACGAUGCACACGCAACCAUUACUCAGUACCAGCGACCCCAAUAGCAGCAACCAGCGUUGUGUGUUGUUGUCGUGUCGUGUUACAUUCCAUCACGUUGUUGCAGGAGAGCGUGCGUACACGGGAGGAGAGGGUUGUGUCUUGUAUUGCUUUUUUCAGAACAUAAACGGGGGUGGGGGAGUGCACAGCCAGUGAAACUAGAACAGACA